AUGAUCGAGUCUCUCAUCGGUAUCGCAUUUUAUGUCUCCACGGCUGUCACAUUGUUGCUGUUCCUUCUGCCUUCGAGGUACACACCUCGGCGUACCCAUCAAGGUGCACCAAAGGAGGCAAAGACCACGACGCAGAUUCUCGUUCUUGGAGACAUCGGUCGCAGUCCGCGCAUGCAAUACCAUGCUCUGAGCAUUGCAAGAGCGGGUGGUCAAGUGGACAUCAUCGGAUAUCAGGAAUCAGAGGUUCACCCUGACAUUACGUCCAGCCCUAGGAUAUCUAUUGUCGCCCUUCCACCGCAUCCUUCCUUUCUCCAAACUAGCAACAAGCUCCUCUUCCUUCUUUUUGGACCGCUCAAAGUGGCCUUCCAGAUUUUCUAUCUCUGGUGGACUUUGGGGUAUCAGACAAAGCCGGCACAAUGGCUCCUCGUUCAGAACCCGCCUUCCAUACCCACGUUAGCAAUUGCCUCCGUCGUAUCGUUCCUCCGACACACCAAAUUGAUAAUUGAUUGGCAUAAUUUUGGAUACACUAUCCUAGCGCUAAAGCUUGGAGACAGCCAUCCACUUGUCAGAAUCUCCAAGUGGUACGAGAUGACCUUCUGCCAGUACGCCACCGCGCACUUCUGCGUAACCGAAGCGAUGGCGUCCGUCCUCAAGAAUGACUUUCGUCUCAAAGCGCCUAUUCUGCCCUUGCAUGAUCGUCCGGCAAGCCAUUUCCAGCCUAUCCUGGACGAUCGCGAGCGACACAACUUCCUCGAGUCAUUGCCUGAGACACAAUCGGUGCGACACCUGCUAGAGUCGGCGUCUCUCCGGGUGCUUGUCAGUUCGACGUCUUGGACACCCGAUGAGGAUUUCUCGGUACUCAUCGACGCACUCUGCCGGUACUCGAAUAUGGCAACGACUACCAAACCCCAAUUGCCGUCUAUUCUGGCGAUCAUCACGGGUAAGGGUCCCCAAAAAGAGAUGUAUCUGAAGCAAAUAUCGGCGCUUCAAGAAGCUGGUAAGCUUGAGAAGGUCACCAUUCGCACCGCAUGGUUGACCACGGAAGACUAUGCUCGUCUUCUGGCAUCCGCUUCGCUGGGGAUCAGUCUACACACCAGUAGCAGUGGAGUCGACCUGCCCAUGAAAGUGGUUGACAUGUUUGGGGCUGGAUUACCUGUCGUAGGAUGGAGCCGUUUCCAAGCCUGGCCGGAACUAGUAACCGAGGGCGUGAACGGAAUGGGCUUCGGAAGCCCCGGCGAACUCGUAGAACAGCUUGUUGAUCUCUUCGAGAAUCCAAGGAAACUUGAGACGCUUCGCCUUGGUGCUCGCAAGGAGAGUAACCACCGUUGGGACAACGAAUGGGAUCCCGUAGCCGGGAAACUCUUGGGCCUCGCAUAA